GCGGAAGCGGAAACCGCCGUCGUGUAGUCUCCUGGAAGAUUCCUGAAGAUCUGCCCAGGCUGUAGGAUCUGGUUUCUGACAUACUGAGACAAGUCAAUGCAGGCAAGGGGACGAGAGAGCAGCAGGAUGAACGCUCACUGAGCCAGGACCCAUAACGCUUAAAAAAUAAAUCAGAGACAACACAGACUUUACAAAGAUUGCGGUGGUUUGAUUCCCCACCACCCCUACAGACACCAUGACGUCCUCUAUGCUUCGCCGACAGCUGAAGAACCUGGUCCAGAACUACUCUGAGGCUGAGGUCAAGGUGAGAGAGGCGACGUCUAAUGACCCAUGGGGCCCAUCCAGCACUCAAAUGGCUGACCUCUCUGAUCUGACAUACAAUGUGGUAGCCUGCAACGAGAUCAUGACGAUGCUCUGGAAGCGUCUGAAAGACGACAAGAACUGGAGACACAUCCACAAGUCCCUGACGCUGCUGGAGUACCUGUUGAAGACCGGUGACGAUCGUGUGCUCCUGAAAAUGAAAGACAACAUCUACAUCGUCAAAGCCCUCACCGAGUAUCGCUUUAUAGAAAAGGAUGGCAAAGAUCAGGGAGGUAAUGUGAGAGAGAAGGCCAAAGUCGUCCUUGUUCUUAUGGAGGAUGAUGAUAAACUAAGGGAGGAGAGAGACUUUGCCGUCAAGACCAGGGAGAAGACGUCAAAGGGUGCUGCUGCCUCAUCUGUGGACGUAGUCAAAGAUCCCAACUACAAGCCAUGCUACGUUGCCGGUUCCGCGGGGCUUCCAUCCUUAGACAACAUACCCUCAGUGGCCGACUUGACUGCUUCCUUCGCUGCCCGCAAAGAGGAACGUCUUAAACAGGAAGCUGAGAAGAAAGACAUGGACAGGAGGGCCAAGAUGAGUGAAGACGAGCUGAAAUGGGAGGAUGCCGGCAAAGGCAAUGGUGUUAAAGGAGCUACUUGGGGAGGAGAGAAAUCAGAGGAGAAAGAGGAGGAGGAGAAGGAAGAGGAGGUAGAACCAGACCCAUGGGGAGCCACCAAAGAACCUAAAAAGGCCACAGAUCCAUGGGGGGCUCCAGCUAAAACUGAUGAAGAUCCGUUUUCAGCACCAAAAGCCGAUGAAGAUUCAUUUGAUGCGCCAAAGAAUGGAGAAGAUCCUUUUGUAGCUCCAAAGGAUGAACCAGAUCCAUUUAGUGCAAAGAAAGAUGACCCGUUCAGCGCACCAAAACAUAGUUCAGACCCCUUCAAUGCCAACAAAGAUAAGGAAGAUCCAUUUACUGCUCCAAAAGAUACCCCAAAAGGGGAUCCCUUCAACAGCGCAAAGGCUGACCCAUUUAACGCUCCAACAAAUGAUCCGUUUAACGCUCUGAAGGAUGAUCCGUUUACUGCCCCAAAAGAUGAUCCAUUCAAUACUCCAAAAGAUGAUCCAUUCAAUACUCCAAAAGAUGAUCCAUUUACUGCCCCAAAAGAUGAUCCAUUUACUGCCCCAAAAGAUGAUGCAUUUACUGCCCCAAAAGGUGAUCCAUUCAAUACUCCGAAAGAUGAUCCAUUUAAUGCUCUAAAGGACGAUCCUUUCAGUGCUCCAAAAGAUGAUCCCUUCACUGCACCAGCAUCAACACCCCCUAAAGAAGACCCAUUUUCUGCCCUAGCAUCAUCUAAAGGUGAUCCAUUUACUGCUUCCGCAACAUCAACUAAAGAAGAUCCUUUCUCUGCACCAUCCAAACCAACAAAAGAGGAUCCCUUUGCUUCUCCAACAACACCUCCCAAAGAGGAUCCUUUCACUGCACCAUCCAAACCUACAAGAGAGGAUCCCUUUGCUUCUCCGACCACACCUCCCAAAGAGGAUCCUUUCACUGCACCAUCCAAACCAACAAAAGAGGAUCCCUUUGCUUCUCCAACAACACCUCCCAAAGAGGAUCCUUUCACUGCGCCAUCCAAACCUACAAAAGAGGAUCCCUUUGCUUCUCCGACCACACCGUCCAAAGAGGAUGCUUUCUCGGCACCUUCCAAACUUACAAAAGACGACCCUUUCAGUGCACCAACAACACCCCCUAAAGAGGACUCAUUCAGAGUGCCAUCCACUCCACCAAAAGAUGCUGCCUCAGAUCCCUUCAAUGACCCUCCGUUGAGCUCGCCCAAAGAGAGUACAGAUGCCUGGGGAGGCCCUGCUAGCUCCUCACCCUCCAGCAAGGCAGAUCCAUGGGGGGCGCCAUCGGCUCCAAAGGAAACAAAAGUCGGAGAUCCCUGGGAUGAUGGAACAAGCGCAUCCUCACCCAUUGAGAAUUCCUUUGCAUUUGGAGAUGCACCCAAACUGGACGAUGACCCUUGGGGAGCCCCAGCUGCAGCUUCAGUAAGCACAGAUGAUGCGUGGGGUUCACCCGCUCCCCCAAUGGAGUCCUCCCCAUCUGGUGACCCCUUUGGGGACGGAGCAUCUAAAAAAAGCGAUCCUUGGGGUGCACCAAGCAACGGGACAGGAAAGCGAACAGCGCUGGAGGAGAACACGCAUAGAAAGACUGCUUCGUUUCUGGGCUCUGCGGGGGCGUCGCUAGUCGACUUGGACGAUCUGUUUUCUUCUAACCUUAAAUCCAAACAGAGCCCCUUCGUCAACACGCUGGUCACCCAAACACAAGUCAUCGGCGCUUUCAAAGCCAGGGGCAUGACAUCUAGCCCUGUGGUCAAAUCAGGGGCAGGACUGUCCCUUCCUGAAACAUCAACCCCAUACUGCAGUCCCUUUGGUUCCUCCCUUGCCCAGUCCCUUGUUGCACCUACUCCAAAUUUUGGAGCUGCUAAUCCUGCCAGGGAAACUCCCUUAUUUAGGCCACCAUCACAUACCAUGGGGGUGUCUCAUCCUGGCUUAAAUAUGCUUCAAACAGCUCAGGUGGCUCCUCCGUUUUCAGGAACUGGAAUGGUACAAUCCACUUCUUUGGGAGGGAGUCCACACAUGGGGCUUAACAUGAACCCCCUCUUUGGAGGAGUGGUGCAGUCUGGGUCUCUGGGGAAUCCAUUGGCAGACCCCCUCUUGGAAACAGGAAUGGGUCAGUCCAGUGUCUUUGGAGGGAAUUUCCAAACAGGAAAUGUUAAAAUGGGAGGAUCCACUCAAGGGGGGGGGGGCACCUUUCAGCCACAGUUGCUCUCAGGCAGUGGGUCGGGUGAGACAGUGCACCAAAACAACAAUCCAUUCCUGUUCUGAAAACUUUGCGUCUUUCCUGUCAAGUACAUGUGUUGUAUUGAAUGAUGUUCAAUGCUUAUGUGUAGCAAACAUUUUCCAAAAUAUAGCUCAAGGAUUUAUGAAUGCUUUCCCAUGCGUCUUACAGGCUGCCAUGAGUUACAAUAACCCUCGUGGUGAAUUUCUCAUCAUGAUUUGCGUCAUCCUUAUAUAGUGUUCCUUUGAGGGAUGGGUGGACGGAAAACACAGGCAGCCUGGAAUUAGGGAAACAUUAUAAACCCUUUUGGAAAAUGACCAGUAAAAAGAAUACAACUUGUAACUCUAAAACAUGCAUACCUUGUGUGACCCUUAAAUAGACCCAUCAUCUCCUCUCAUAAGGCCUCUACACACUGGGGGCUUAACAAAUUGACAUAGCUAAAAUGUAAAUUACUACCCUGCUAAUAUUUUACUUUUUAAAGCUUUUAUAAUGAAAGGGAAGAAUGAAAGGACUGGAUCAGGUAUGCUCAACCAUGAUAGAAGAAAAACAAGUUUACACUUGUGGUUCGGUCUACACAGCCUCUGUGUUGCUGUUUAUAAUUCUUAUAAAUAUAGUUGCAACUCAACCUGUUCUUGAAUUAUUUUCGUUUUUCCUGGAUGCAAAAGCUCAGAAUAAUUGAGGGGUAGGGGCUAGGGUUCUGCUAUUUUGUGGGGUAAUAUUGGCCUUCUGUGUGAAAAUUGACAGACAAAAAACAAUAGUUUACAACAACACUUAAAAUAAACGCCCCCAGUGUGUAAAGGCCUUCUUGCCUAUCCUUAAGAUUGACACAUGAUCAACAAAUAUGAAAGCCAUGACUUAAAUGUAAUGUGUAAAUAGAAACACAAAAUACAGCUCCGGAAAAAAAUUGAGACCACUCCAAAUGUUUCUUAAAUCUUUAUCUCUACAUGUAUGGCAGCCAUUCCAGUGUCUGUUAAAUUUCUAAACAGACAAAUGUUCAGUAGUUUAUAGAGUACAAUUAAAACAAAAAGAAAAAUCAUUUAACCCAAAGACCUAUAAAUAAUAAAACAAGAGAAAAUGAUAAUGCUGAAGUGGUCUCCAUUUUCUUCUGCGGAUGUAUGUUUGAAACUGCAUACUUCCUUUCAUGUAAUUUAUUGGAACAGCCAGCCGUAUUAUUUUCCAUGCACUAGUCUGAGAAGCAAGAGCACCUAAUAAGUGUCGCUACUGACGAAUAACUGUUGAUGUGAGUGUAAAACAUUGGCAGAACUGUUGUGGGAAAGAAGUCUCUCUAGGCUCUCAUUAAGUGUGUAUGUGUUUGUAAAAGGUGGCGUGUGUGAUCUGCAUGCACGCAGUGUGUGUGUGAGCAGUAUAUAUUGUUCUGUUGUAAAUAGUGCAAGUAAUCACAGGUAAACCUUGAAAUAUACUGUAUAUUAGAGUGUUACAAUCAUGCGUAACUAUUUAUUGAUCUAUUUAUUGAUUGAUUUAUGACUUGAUUAUUUAUUGAUGCAGCAAUGGGCGUCCAACAAAGUUCAGGUUAACUUUCAUCACAGUGUCGGCUUCACACGGGUUGACCUGAAGGUAUUGAUUUUAAGCGUGAUUGGCUUUAAACACUGCAUUAUCAAUCAACUGGGUAACCAAUGGUGGCUUUCUUUUCCCUAUUUUAUUUUUGUAGUCGUUCUGGAUUCAUUGUGGACUUGAACAUUUCCCCACUGUACCGCCUACCAUUUCCAAGUAACAGAAAUGUAUUACUGAAUGAUUACAAGUUGCAGUGUUGGCUGAAUAAAAACUGUGUUUGAACAUAUCUUUAAA